CAAUUAUCGACUUUAUACCCUUCUACACAUGGCAGUGUCGUAUUCUGAUCUUGUCCGGUGUUCCGAGAACAUCUUUGAGAUCAUAUCGCCUUGUGCAGACUUAUCGAUUGCAUAUGUUAAUUUUAUGAGAAGUAUUUAGAGAGAAGGUAAAUAAUAAGGUUAGGUGUAAAUAAUUGUAGGUAGAGAACACCUGUCUUGUCAAUGCCGUUAUGAUUAAUCAAAGGUUGAGACUCAUUGCGAAUUCAAAAUUUCGGUGUGCUCAUUAUUUUCAUUAGACAGGAGUAUGUCUGCAAACCGAGAAGAGAUUUUAGAAAAUUUUAUGGUUGUUACCAGGAUUAAGAAUGUCGAAGAAGCGAUCAUAUGGCUUGAAUGUUGCAAUUGGGAUUUGACGAGCGCCAUAAAGACAUCUUCACCGGAAGAGGUCCGAUUGCAGAACGACGUAUAUUCUAAGAAAAUACAGAACGGCUCUAUUCCAGAGGGCGUUGACCCUCGGGGGCCGGAAGGCGAGGAAGGAUCUCCUCCGUUGAGGGUCAUCGAGGUCUAUGUGGUCCACGGAUCCAGCAUCCACCUCGUCCGGGCCCCCGACAACAUCAGCUUCCACUGCUUCAAGAGGCUCGUCUCCUUCGUCACCGAUGUCCCUCCAGGCGAGCAGGUCAUCACGGGCUGGCCGCGGCAGCCCUCGUCCGACGCCGACCCUCUCUCCUUCCUCCCGAAGCUGUCCUACGUCGUCCUGAGGGGGGCCACGUCCUUCAUCGAGACGGGAGUUCCCACGGAAAUGGAAGAGUUCGACGAACCGGAUAACAUUUACAGUUUCAAAGUAUUCGACGAGGUACACGAUCGAUGUUACACCCUCAAAGUCCCAGGCAGUCACACUGUUGGCCAAGUGAAGCUAGACACUUACCUGUUGACGGAUAUACCAGUCACGAACCAACGUUGGAGCGGUUGGCCCGAAGGUACGGCAGACGACAAACAGCUUCGAUUCUUAUUGUUGGAUCAGCCUGAGCAUUCGCUGGGGAUCAGGACGAACGAACCGCUUCCAGAUGAUGCGAGUUGUCCUUCAUCUCUCACGGUUGACCAAUCAGAAGAGGUCAUUGACUUGGACGAUACAUCUGACAUUUUCAUCGCCGAAAACGAAGAAGUCGGAGGGGAAAGAUACGAUCGAUGCGGCCAGCCUCACCUGAUACCCAGCAAUGUUGAGGACGAAAUGGCCGGGUCUGUCCACUUCAUAGACGAGUAUAUGCGUCGGUACGGCCAAGCGACUCCAUCCUUUCUGACUGGCACACUGGAAGACGCCAUGAGGGAGGCCUUUCACCGCCCCGUCAGAGAGAAGAGGAUGCUGGCGUUGUACGUCCACCACGACGGGAGCGUCCUCUCCAACGUGUUCUGCACUGAGCUCUUGGGCUCCGAGGCGACCCACCAGAUCCUCUCAAAUUAUUUUGUGGUGUGGGGAUGGGACGUCACCAAUGAGAGUAGUAGAGGAAUGCUGGUAUCGGCGGUGAUAAGAGUCUUAGGAAGCUCUUUUGCGAGGACAGUCGAAAUCAUACCCACUGACUCGUUCCCAGCUCUGUUCGUAAUCGCUCCGAUAAGGUCACAGUACGAACUGCUCAAUGUCAUCUACGGCAACAACGGCAUCUCGGAGCUACUAUCAACGUUGGUCGCCGCUGUCGAGAUAUUCACUAGGAAUAUGGAAGUGGAAGCAGUCGAAGAGGAUCAGAGGAACGCGAGGCAGAAGAUCAAGAACGAGCAGGACUCGGCUUACGAAGAAUCGCUGGAAAUGGACAGAGCUAAGGACGAGGCGAAGAGGCAGAGGAUACAGGAGAAGACGAUGGAGGAAGAGCGAGCAAAGAGGCAGAAGGAGGUCGAAGACGAACGGCGGUCAGUGGAGGUGGCAGCCGUUCGGUCGAAGAUGCCGCCCGAGCCGUCGCAAGAAGACGAAGAAAACAGGUCGAUCUUCAUCUUCAAGUUCCGGGCACCCAGCGGCGAGACCUUCGGCAGGAGAUUCUACUCCACUGACACUCUAGCCGUCGUCUUCAACUUCCUCUUCGUCAAGGGGUACGACGUGAAUACAUUCAAAUUCAUAACUGAUUGGCCGAGGAAGGAUUUGACUCUGAUGGACCCGGAAACAAUCCUUGGUGAUCUAGCCAUCUUUCCACAGGAAACUAUUAUUCUUGAAGCACGCUGAUGAUAAUAAAUGUUUUUAUUGUACCAGCAAGUUAUUGUCUAUUAUUAUCAGAAACUAUUAUAUUUUAUUGAAUUUCAAAUAUUUGAAAUAUAAAAUUAAUUAAAUAUUUAUAAUAUAAGCACAUGAACAUUAACUGUUUUCAAUAUUACUUUAGUUACCAUUAAUAAAAGUUGGUUUGACAAUUCUAGACCCUCAUUCUCAAUGUUUAGUUUAAUGAGUAUUAUUUGAGGUACCACUACAACCCAAUUUAAAAGAUCUGGGGUUCAGU